AUGGUGCGUCCAACCAGGUCCACAGACAAGGAUGCUCCUGUGGUCACAUCGGUCUCAACAAACAUGAAGGGCACUCACAAGAGUCUAGUGGCUCAAGCCAUUGAUGUCGCUGGUGAAGUGGCAGCUGUGGAGUGGUCCGCAGAUGGCCGAAGUUGGCAUCCAAUGAAGCGUGACCUUUCCAAGACUGAUCAUUGGAUCAUGGAAAUGCCACAGCCAAGAGGAGAACUGUGGUUCCGAGCAAUUGAUGAUUCAUUGAACAUUGGCAAGGAACGCCACUUCAAGGAGUCUUCUGAGUUAUGA